AUGUCAACACCGCGCCCAUACCAGCGCUUGGGUGACGCUGCCUGGAACAAGAUGUCAAAAGUGAAUGGCGAGCUAUUUGCACUGACGUAUGGCGCGCUGGUCACACAGCUCAUAAAAGAUUUUGAGGAUCUUAAAAUCGUAAACGAGCAACUUGACAAAAUGGGAUAUAACAUUGGUGUACGGCUUGUUGAUGAAUUUUUGGCCAAAUCUGGAGUAAAUAAUUGCCAGGACUUUCGAGACACAUCCGAAGUAGUGGCGAAGGUGGCUUUCAAGAUGUUUCUUGGUAUAAAUGUGGAGGUUUCUCAGUGGAAUACAACAGGCACUGCAUGUAGUCUCCUGAUUCACGAUAAUCCUCUAACAGAAUUUGUGGAGUUACCGCCGAGUGCGUAUGGUGUAUUGUGGUACUCGAAUGUACUUUGCGGUGUACUACGAGGUGCGCUAGAAAUGGUGCAAAUGCGCGUUGAUGCGCAGUUUGUGAAAGACGUGCUGCAGGGAGACGAGGUGUCUGAGAUUCGAUUGGAGUUAAAAGGAAUGAUUGAAGAGGCGAUGGGAGACGAAUAUAAGGAGGAUUGA